UGUAAAAAGUUGCAUGUUAAAACUCAAAAAUCAAAAUUUAAGAUUUUUACGAAAUAUAUAUAGCGAAGAUGGCAAAUGGGAAAAGUUUUUGGAUAAUAAAAUUAAAAAAGAUAUUGAGAAAUACUGGAAACCUAAACUUGGAGAAUUGUCAAUAUCACUUAAGAAUAAAAAUUCCUUAAAAGAAAAAUUUUACUUGUUGGCAAUGUUUCCUUAUCCAUCAGGGAAUUUACAUAUGGGUCAUGUAAGGGUGUAUAUGACUAGCGAUACUCUAGCUAAAUAUCAUAGAAUGAUUGGCAAAAAUGUUAUAUUUCCUAUGGGCUGGGAUUCAUUUGGCUUACCUGCCGAAAAUGCUGCUUUAUCCAGAGGCAUAGAUCCUAAACAAUGGACAGAUAAUAAUAUAUCAAUUAUGAAGGAACAAUUAUGUAAUCUUGGGUGUGAUUUUGAUUGGAAUACGGAAAUUACCACCUCUCAUGCCAGUUAUUAUCAAUGGACCCAAUUCAUAUUUCUCAAACUAUAUGAACAUGGAUUAGCCUAUCAGAAAUGGGCAGAAGUAGAUUGGGAUCCUGUUGAUAAAACAGUCCUGGCCAGGGAACAAGUUGAUGCAAAUGGUAUUUCUUGGCGAUCAGGUUCUAAGGUUGAAAAGAAAAGGCUUAAGCAAUGGUUUCUUAAGACUACUGCAUUUUCUAAAUCUCUCUACGACGAACUCGAUAAAUUGGACAAAGAUGGGUGGAAAGAUGUGGCCGAUAUACAAAGGGAAUGGAUAGGACAUCCUGUGCAGGAAAUAUCUGACAAGACGCUUAAAAAGGAUUGGGGAACUUACGCAGACUUUCCGAUAGAGAGGCUACCCGGAACGGAAAUCGAUUCGCGUUUGUCGGUUUUUAUGGACAGACCGGAAAUUUUGGCCUACACCGGACAAUACAACAAAAAUGGCUUACUGGAAGAAAAUGGUGGGAUGGCUAUAGCCAUUAAAAGCGAACACGAAUUAAAUCUUCCCGAGUUGUACGAUAAAAAUUUCGAGUCAGAUUCGGAUAUGAUAAAGAAGUUAAUUAUCAAGGCUGCUCACCCGUUUCUCGAGGAUGAUUAUAAAAUUCCGAUAUUCGUUGUCGAUGAUAUAGAAUACGAUAUUCACAACGAUUCUAAAUUCGUUUCUCAGUACUCAUUCACGAUUGAUGCGCCGUCAUGUCCUACCUCGAAAGAUCUUUCAAAAACUCGCGAAUUUUAUAGGAAAUACGUGGAUCCCAAUAUUCUCGACUCGAUAUCGAAAAUGAACGAUUCACACGGUGACGGCGAUAUCGAAGAAAUCAGACAUUCUGUCAAAAGACAUCUGAGAAAAAAUUGCUCGGGCGGUUAUGACUCCAGUUCCAGGUUGAGAGACUGGCUCGUUUCGCGACAAAGGAAGUGGGGGACCCCCGUGCCCAUCAUACAUUGCCCCGAAUGCAAGGUUAAAGGCAAUCGAGCGUUUAACAUAAAUGGAGUUUAUCCCGUGGCAUAUUCUAAAUUACCAAUUAUUAUAGACCCUACCCAGACGAUUAACCACACCACGUGCCCCGUGUGUCAUUGCCCCUUGGCCUAUUUUGACACGGAUACACUGGACACCUUUGUAGAUUCAUCUUGGUAUUUCUCCCGAUUUUUGGAUUCCCAGUGCGAUUCAGCUCCCUUCAGAAAUGACGUAGUUGAUGCAUAUUUGCCGGUCGAUUUGUACGUUGGGGGAAAAGAACAUGCCACUUUGCACCUCUAUUUCGCUCGAUUUAUGCAACAUUUUCUUCAUUCCAUCGGUAUGACACAACACAAGGAACCGUUUAAAUCCCUUUUAAUGAUUGGGCAAGUUACUAACAAAAGCUUCUUUAUCCAAGAAAGUGGAGUCUAUAUUCCACGAGAAAGAGUUGAUUUCAAAAGAAAGUCUCUUAUCGACAAAGUAACCAAACUACCCGUUCAAACAAAGUGGGAAAAAAUGUCGAAAUCGAAAUUUAACGGCAUAAAUCCUCAGGAAUUGAUAGACUCGCAUGGAAUAGACACACUCAGACUCAUAGCGCUGAGUCAAAGCAGCCCAUGUUCUCAAAAACCGUGGAUUAGCAACGAUAAGAACCAAUCAGAAAUCAUUAAAUUUCAAGAUAAACUUUGGUUAACCAUUUUCCACCUACGCAAACAGAGAACGGAGCCUAUAGAUUUUUCACCUGAAUCAUUGGCUAAACUUAGAGACUUGGAUAGAGAUCUCCGGGAUAAAACGAAUUAUUUUAUCGCCAAGAUUAAUUUUCAUUUCCAGAAUCAUAAUUUGCAUUUGGUUAUCGACCAAUUGGAAUCAUUUUGCCUCAUCUUGCGGAAUUACCCUUUAGUCAUGCUGGCCAAAAGUUACCAAUACCAAUUAUCCGCGGCUAAGGCGAUCAUAGUAUUAAGUACGUUUGCUCCUCAUUUCGCUUCCGAAUUAUGGCGCGGGAUUAGCUCAUUGCCUAAGCUGGAGGAUAGAAAUGUGAACGAUACAGAAAACGGUUGUAUUAAAUGGGACUCCGAAGUUCUCGAACAAUCAUGGCCCGUUCCCGAUCCCGUCUAUCCUUUACCCUGCAUUGUUAGCUUUGAGCUAAAAGAACACCAAUCUCACGUUUUCAAACUACAGUGCUCCACCCUCAAUAAACUUUCGGCAUCUGGUGACAAGAUUUUGCCACUUAUGGUAGCAUUGAAUCAUGCUAAACUCAUCGUUAAGGACGAUAUCAAAGUGUAUAGCGAUCAGAAGGAAGCUUCGUUAAAGGACACAUUUAAGGAUUUAAAUCGAGAGAAGAGUCAAGAUUUACUAGACACAAUCAAGGAGUGGUGGCGAAUAGUCAAGUACAAAUAUCCCGAAUAUUCGGAUAAUUUGUCGCUACCAUCUCUUCCUAAUAAUGACAGUAACAAGGACCCUUUGCAAGCCUCCGAAAUAUAUUCCUACAAUGUCCCCUUGGAGAAUAUAACCUCACCUUUAGGAAAUUUCUCGAACGAUAUAAAUGUUUUGCGCGAUUUUAUCCACCCACUUUUCAAAGAAAACAUAUUGGAAUUCUUGGCUUUUGAAAAAGUUUUUAUGGCCUACGUUAAACUUAGAGUUUGUUCCAAUGCUGGCUGCGCUCUAAAAUUUCCUUACCCCGAUCGAAAAGAUAUUCUUCAGAGCCUAAUUAAUGCCGAGGCAAACAAUAAACCUCCUGACAUGAUUGAUGAUAUAAAUUUAAAGCGCGCAAAAAUGAAUUAA